UGGCGCUGCAAUCGUUUUUCUAGAUUAACUUGGAGGCGAAAACGAUUUUCUGUUCCAUUUACUGUUUACCAUUGUUUUUCGUUACAGCGAGUGACUCGUAUUAUAUUCGUAUUAACGGCAAGAGAAGCAUAAAGGGCAUCCAGUUCAAGGUCAAGCAUAGAUAAUAACAUGUCUGUCGCAUUUGUGCCACAUCAGAAAGGUCGUCCACCGCCGAGUCCAGCUCAAAUACAAAAGAUGCUGGAUGAAAAUAGUCAGUUAAUCCAAGCUAUUGUGGAUUAUCAAAAUAAAGGCAAAGCAUCUGAAUGCUUACAGUAUCAGCAAAUACUUCAUAGGAAUUUAGUAUAUCUAGCUUCUGUAGCUGAUGCUGGACCUAAUAUUCAAGUACAUUUACCACCUCCACAAAGCUUUGCUCAAGGUCCUUCUCCUCAAAGUCAUAUUGUGCCAUCAGGUCAACAAGGUCCUCCAUCUCAAGGAGAAAUGACCCAAAUGUCACAGAAUCCUUCAUCAAAUACUGUUGGUCAAGGAGGAACAAUUCAGCCAGGAAUGACUGCUACUACACAUCCAAUGUCUACAUCUCCACAUCCUGGAUAUGGUCCUAAUUCUGUAUCCACUACACAGUCACAGUCUACUCAACCUCAGCAGUCUCCAAAUCAGCAAGCUAUACAACAGCAACAGCAGACACAACAGCAGCAGCAACCACCACAACAGCAACAACAACAGCAGCAGCAACAGUCACAAGCACAAUCACAACAACCAAUUGGUAAUUAUUCAAGAUCACCAAUGAUGCAACAGCAAUAUACAAUUCAGCAAAGAAAUCAGCAGUUUCAACAAGGAAAUUAUCCUCCAUCUGCAACACCUCAACAACAGCCUCAUGCUCAAUAUGGUACUGGUAAUCCUCCUUCAGGAACAUAUACUGCUCAAAAUCAUCCAUCAUCAUCUUAUCAGCCUUCAACACAAAAUUAUCCUAGUGUACCCACUACUCAAACACAGUCUGCUACACAGGCUCCAGUUCCCCAGACUCAAACACAAAAUUAUGGAUCAACAACUACACCACAAACUCAGACUCAGAAUUAUCCACCAACAACAACAACUACACAACCUCAAGGUUACGUACAGACAACUGUGCCAAACACCCAACCUCAAUCUCAAACUUAUAACCCACAAACAUCUCAGACACAAACAUAUUCACAAUCAAAUCAAACAUAUGGACCUCCUCAAGCUAAUUCUCAAAGCCAAUGGUAUUCUUCUACUAACAAUCAACCUUAUUCUUCUGCUCCUUCUUCACAACCAAACUAUGCUGCUUCUCCUCAGUCUCAAAAUUAUAUGCCUCAUUCACAAUCUAAUUACACUUCACCAUCAACUCAGGCAAAUUAUCCUACAACACAACAAAAUUAUGGAUCUAACACCACACAACAGGCUGGAUACGUACAUCCUAAUGCAAAUUCAGCUCCUCAAGGUUCAACACCACCACCUCAACAGUCUCGUUAUCCUCCAGGUUACGGACAGCAGGGAUAUCCACACUAUCGACCACCUUCACAAGGAGGGCAUCCAGGAAUAUCUCAGAGUCAUUUAGGCCCACCGUCAGCAGGUGGUCUGCACAGUCAAAUGCCUCCUCCAUCUUCUGCACAACCGCAGCCUUAUGGAUACGAUCAAAACCAGGGAUAUUCUAGCUAUCAAUCUCAAUAAUUCUCUAGGGUGCUAAAAUUUUCAUAGAUGUGAAAAUAGUAACAUAUGUCAGUGUGAUUUUAUUUUCAUUAAAUCUAAAUUUCAUAUUAUUCAUUGGGAAAAUAGUUUCAUUAUAUUUUCUGUAAAAGUACAUGUAGCUUACUAGUAAUGGUAAAGUAGAAAUUUUAUAUUUAGGAUUAAGGUUUGGGUGAUUAUAGUAUGAUAAUUAUCAAUUAACAUAUUUGAGAAAUCAAAUGUUCUGAAAGAAUGAUGUAUGCGUGACAGUAUUGAGAAAUUUUAAAUUUAUUCUUUUGAAAUUUGACACAUUCAAAGACUGAGUACUUGGAUUAAAAAACAAAUUUUUCUCUGACUGUUUUAAAAUAAUCAUAAAUGAUGUGACAUUUUUAAAUCUGAUUGCUUGAUAAGCAAUACUCAAAUGAAUUCAGCAAUAAUCAAGAACUCAGUUUUUGAAUAUUGAAAUUAAUGUAUAUAUUAUACAUAUAUAUAAUUACAAAUAUGUUUACAAAAGUCUGAUGAUAUUUUUUUUGUAAAAACGUUUUAAAUUAAACUCAUCUCUGUUAUUGGUUUUAUAAUAAAGUGAGAUUGUGUUAGAUUACGAUAUAAUGUUUUUUAAUUUUAUUCUACAGAAAAUUUUUCUUUAUUCUACAAUUUAUUUUUGCUGUAAAUUUCUGUAUGACAUGUAUUAACAAUGCCCUUAAAGUGUAUGAGAAUGAUGCAUGAAUAAAUAUAAUUGAUCUACAUAUAAAUAUAUAUAUAUCUAUGUAUGAAUUUCAGAUUAAAUUGUAUUUUACAAAUUAAA